AUGGUGCCGGCUCGGCCGGGCCUGGUGGUCGCUAUGGUAACUGGGGGCGGGUCGCAGGGUCUCGGCAGCGGGGCGCAUGCGCGCGGGGACUCCUGUGUGCGCCGCGCGGCCGCGGGCCCCUCAGCUCCCCUCGACAUGGCGCUGAGGCGGCGGCUAGGACUCCGGCUGUGCCCCCGAUUGCCCGACUUCUUCCUGUUGCUGCUUUUCAGGGGCUGCUUCAUAGGGGCGGUGAAUCUCAAGUCUAGCAACAGAAACCCAGUGGUACAGGAAUUUGAAAGCGUGGAAUUGUCAUGUAUCAUUACGGAUUCGCAGACAAAUGACCCCAGGAUUGAAUGGAAGAAAAUUCAAGAUGACCAAACCACAUAUGUGUUUUUUGACAACAAAAUUCAGGGAGACUUGGCAGGUCGUGCGGAACUAUUAGGGAAAACUUCCCUGAAGAUCUGGAAUGUGACGCGGACAGACUCAGCCCUUUAUCGCUGUGAGGUUGUUGCUCGAAAUGACCGCAAAGAAAUCGAUGAAAUUGUCAUUGAGUUAACUGUGCAAGUGAAGCCAGUAACCCCUGUCUGCAGAGUACCAAAGGCUGUGCCCGUAGGCAAGACGGCAACGCUGCACUGCCAGGAGAGCGAGGGCUAUCCCCGGCCCCACUACAGCUGGUAUCGCAACGAUGUGCCACUGCCCACAGAUUCCAGAGCCAAUCCCAGAUUUCGAAAUUCCUCAUUUCUCUUAAACUCUGAAACGGGCACUCUGGUUUUCAGUGCUGUUCACAAAGAGGACUCUGGGCAGUAUUACUGUAUUGCUUCCAAUGACGCAGGCUCAGCCAGGUGUGAGGAGCAGGAGAUGGAAGUCUAUGACCUGAACAUUGGCGGUAUUAUUGGCGGGGUUCUGGUGGUCCUUGCCGUACUGGCCCUGAUUACUUUGGGCAUCUGCUGUGCAUACAGACGUGGCUACUUCAUCAACAAUAAGCAGGAUGGAGAAAGUUACAAGAACCCAGGGAAGCCAGAUGGAGUUAACUACAUCAGGACAGAUGAAGAGGGCGACUUCAGACACAAGUCGUCGUUUGUGAUCUGAGACCUGGCGGUGUGGCUGAGAGAACAUGCAAAUACCUCUGCUAGGAACUCCUGUCAAGGGCCGCCGUGAGCCGGGUGCGCUUGGACAGAGCUAGACACUCAUGCAGAAGCUUUUUGUUUUGGGCAAAGUUGACCACUACUCCUUUCUUACUCUUUAACAAGCCACAUGAAUAAAAGAAUUUUCCUCAAGGUGGACACAGUAACCGUAAGGAAAAGAAACUGAAAGUGUUCACUGAGUUGGAUUCCCAGUCUAUUGGUGGCCUGGUUCCCACAUAAGUGUUAGGGUGAUCUUAUAGAUCUUGUCCACACAGACUCUCCUGUGCCGGGCGCCGUGGACCUGUGAAGCCAAUUUGUUCGCCACUGAUCGUUCGCCGGCCAGGAGAAGCGCCGUGAGGUGACGCAGCAGCAGUGCAGCCCCAGCAAUGUGAAUGACCCGGUAGCUGCAGAGUUUGCAUCAGUGAACCCAGAAGAGGCUUUUUACACGGUGACCUUGUUCCACUGGCCCACAGACCCCACUGCAGUUCCUUCUUACAGGCUCUCUUGAUUAGUGUCGUGUCCAUCCUGGGGAAUCUUUUUGGAUCAGGAUUUUAUUAAAAAACAACCAAAAUAAGGAAGGUAAAUUGCUUGCUGGAAGAGGGAUCUUCUUACCUGAGGAACCCUGCUUGUCCAAGAGGAUAUCAGGAUUUAAGGAAAACCUUUCUCUUAGGCUAAGUCAGAAAUGGUACUGAAAUAUGCUUUUCUAUGGGGUGUUGUUUAUUUUAUAAAAUUUUACAUUCUAAAUUUUUGCUAAGGAUGUAUUUUCAUUAUUGAAAAGAAAAUUUCUAUUUAAACUGUAAAUAGAUUGUCAUAUAAUGUUAAAUAACAUAUUUUUUUAAAAAAGUUCAACUUAUGGUAAAAGUUCCAAGCUCCUAGUGUUAAAUUGGGAAAUAUCAGCAAUUAAGAGUAUUUUACCCAAUAGAGGCUUACUGGAACAUUCCUUUUUCCACAUAAGUUUUAGCAUUUUUCACAAGAGAACUUAAUACUGUCUAUACAUCAGACCAUUGUUGCUUAGGAAACCUUCAGAAAUUCCAGUUGAGCAAUGUUGACAUGUUUGCAUCUCUCCAAAAGAAACCCAAGUAGCUCUCAGGUUAGCUUUGAAAUGCCUUUUCCUGAGAUUACCAAAAUUACCUAUGCCCAGAGACCAUGCAGAAGCUGUUAGACGUGCACACACAACCACAUCAGUCACCUCCUGGGCUUGUGCCAGUGCCACCACUCUAGGUCACUACUGCCGCCUAACUUCCAAGUGCUGGGUAGAAUACCCACUGCCACCUUUAAAGCCUCGACUGUGGCUUCGUGUCCUGAUUAGCUUUACUGUAAGUGUUGUUGUUCAAGUGCCACGAGGCACUUGGUUCACUCCAGGACAGUUCGAAGGUGGACACCUCAGAAAAGUGGGUGUCUUCCACGUAGCAUCCCACCUUUGGGUUCCUGUGACAGGCCUCUUUUCGGUUGUGGAUGGCUCACAAAACAAAGCAGCUACUGCUAUUUGUUUUUAAAGUUCAUUUUAAUAAUUUGUGUAGUUCUUUAGUACUGUCCAGGGCCAAAGGCAAUUUUAUAAUAAAAUCUGUCAACUACAAUAAUACUGUUAGAAGAAAAUGAAUCCCACUGUUCCUCUUUGCCAUGUAGAAAGCAGCCAGCACUGCAGGUUCUGCCUCCUCCCUAACAAACUGUCCUGUGGCGGCCAGGCUGGCCUUUUGGAGAAUGUCAGGUGGUACAGCGGGUGGAAAGCCUGGUGGGAGGGAAGUAAAAUGCCUGAAUCAAAAGCAGGUUUCUCAUUUUGAUUUUAAAUUUUUUAUCUACCUGGGACAGUGCUGCCUUUGUGGGGGGCAUUAGAAACAUCAUCCAGAAGCCUUUGUUCUUUAAGAGCAGAUGUUCUUAGUCCCAGAUACAUUGCUGUGUUGGACCCAGGAUGUGACGUGGUUUGAAGCAAGGAGCGUCUCAGGAGCACCUCAUUCCGCCGUGUGCCUGAAGGAUGGUUUUCAUGUAGGAGAGCCUAGUUGCUUUGUGAUUCAGCUCUCAGUGUCUUAAUUUUUUGUACUUUGACAGUUUUUUUUAAUUGAAUACUUGAGAUUAUGUUGACUUUUCUUUUUUAAGUUACGUGAAAUACUUGCUAGGGGAUAUUUGGCAGAGCAGUAGGCAACUCUUCAGCAGUUGCUCAAUGCUACCUGUCUGCUUUUACAUCGGCAUCUCGAAUGCUUACAAUUAAGACUCUCCCUUCAUCUUUUCAUCUUGGUAGAAAGGGAUAGCUCCCCAAUCUAACUCUGGGGGAAUAACACUCCAGCCUCCUUCUUGGUUGUCAUAGUGAUAGGGUAGCCUUUCUCAUAUCCUAAAACCUUUUACCCUAGUGCCACGGGAACUGGGUCUGACAACAUAGAGAGAAAUGGAAAGUGGGGCCUGGGAAGUAGUUGCCUACGACUGACUGUAAGACUGUAGAAGGAAAGGAACAGUCAUGUACUGGAAGGUGUGACUGUCACCGAAGACUCAAGAGGCCUGUACGAGGCUGUGACUCUGCCUUUGGUAUGGAUGCUGCUGUACAUAGAUGUUACGGACUUGUACUAACACACCUGUAAUUUGGUAUUUGUUAAACCUCAUUUAUAAAAGCUUUUAAAAAUA